GAUCCUCUGGGUUUUGACCAUCUUCCCUCACUCUGAACGUGUGUCAACAACAAUAGCGAGAACAACAUCACUUGUAUGAGUCUUGAUGACACCGCAGAUUCCAUCACGUAUCCAAGUGCCUCUCGACUGGUGAAACAUCAACGCACAGGCGCACUCUUCAGAAGUCUACCUCCAGUUAUUCCUGAUUUGGUAACUUGGGCUCUUUUCUUCGAGAGUCGGGAGUGUUUUUUUUCUCCCGGGACGCUGGUUCCUAUCUAGUCCAGUGGCUACCCUAUCAAGGCUAACCUUCCACGAACUGGAAUACAGGACAUUUUUACUCAUAAUUUCCCCCACUGGUCAAGCUCCAUCGUCGGCAGCUCCGCGUUCUCCUCUCUGGCGGGAGGUUAGCAGAAGGCGUAGGGUUGUGGAGGUAUGACUGCGUUGGCUGGGGCAAUACCAAGGAUGAUGCGCCCCAUGCUGGCUCAGAACUACCCCCACAGUGGCUUCCCAUUGGAAGUCUCUACUCCGUUAGGCCAAGGCAGAAUGAACCAGCUCGGGGGAGUUUUCAUAAAUGGCAGACCUUUGCCCAACCAUAUCCGUCAUAAGAUCGUCGAAAUGGCCCACCAUGGAAUCAGGCCGUGCGUAAUCUCCCGUCAGCUCCGCGUCUCUCACGGUUGCGUUUCCAAAAUCCUCUGCCGGUACCAGGAGACCGGCUCCAUCCGACCCGGGGCCAUCGGGGGAAGCAAACCCAAGCAGGGGACGACGCCUGAUGUUGAGAAGAGAAUAGAGGAGUACAAGCGGGACAACCCGGGUAUGUUUAGCUGGGAGAUUCGGGAUAAAUUACUGAUGGAUGGGAUAUGUGACCGGAACACCGUUCCAUCAGUGAGCUCUAUCAGUCGCAUCAUGAGGAGUAAAUUCGGAGGGAAGGGAGAUGACGAUGAUGAUGAAGAUGAAAUCGAGAAAAAGGAAUUAGAAGAACACGAACGGCGGGCCAAACACAGCAUCGAGGGCAUCUUAGGAGACCGAUCGAGCCACUCAGAUGAGGGGUCAGACGUGGAGUCGGAACCAGACCUGCCUCUGAAGAGGAAGCAGCGCCGCAGUAGAACCACCUUCACGGCCGAACAGCUGGAUGAGCUGGAGAGAGCCUUCGAACGAACACACUACCCUGACAUCUACACCAGGGAAGAGCUGGCUCAGAGGGCCAAACUUACAGAGGCCAGAGUACAGGUGUGGUUCAGUAACAGAAGAGCCCGGUGGAGGAAGCAGGCUGGAGCUAGUCAGCUCAUGGCCUUCAAUCACCUGAUCCCUGGGGGGUUCCCGCCCUCUGCUAUGUCCAGUCUCUCACCUUAUCAGCUGUCUGACAGCCCGUAUCCGCCUACAUCCAUAUCACAAGCGGUGUCGGAGCAGGCCAGCACGCUGCACCGGCCCCAGCCCCUGCCCCCGUCCUCAGGCCACCACCAGAGCUCAGGAGGGGGAGGACAGGAUGGGGGGUCUGCCUACUGCCUGGCCUCUGGACGCCACGGCUUCUCAGGCUACUCCGACAGCUUUGUCACGUCAGGAGGCCCUCCCAACCCCAUGAACCCUGCCAUCGGCAACGGCCUCUCUUCCCAGGUGAUGGGUCUGUUGAACCCAGGCGGGGUGCCCCACCAGCCCCAGAGUGACUACGCCCUCUCCCCCCUGACAGGAGGCCUGGAGCCCCCCGGGGGCAUGGGGGCCAGCUGCUCCCAGCGUCUGGAGCACAUCAAGGGUCUGGAGGGCCUGUCCAGUGUCCCCAACAUCCCCAGUCUCCCCUCGCUGCCCAACUCCCAGUCCUACUGCCAGUCCUCCUACAGCGCUCCUGCCUACAGCGUGGACCCCGUGGCCUCCUACCAGUAUGGGCAGUACCACGGACAAAGUAAGGUGCCCUUCAUUAUCUGAGACCUGAGAUCACCUGAGGAUCUGCCCCUCUAAGUGACACAACAUUCCAACCAUAUACUGAGGAACAAACAAAACAAACAAACAUGUAGAAAAUAAACAUGUCAAUCAAAGAGGAAGCUUUGAGACAUCAUCAUAAACAGAACUGUAAUGUAUACUACAGCUCUUCCGUUCCCUUCAUUAUGUUAAAUGCUCAGUGUUUAAAAACAUUCUGUUGAACUCUCACUGUGUUCCGUUGAUAACGUUGAUCUUUUGUAGCUUUAGAGGGAUUCCUAGGGUUCAGGGGUGACUUUGGGGAAAGUCACAGGUGAAGGAGGAGGAGGAGGGAGGGUGGACUCAGGGGUUUUGAUGGGCAACAGGGCUGAUCCAUCGAGGGGUGCAGUUCCCCCUCAUAGAGGCCUAUUAGGUCACGAGGCUCACGACCAAGAGACACAUGAGAAAACAGGACCACCCUACCACAGACCAACCCAGCUGACCAGAAGUGCAAUAUCACGUACCUCAGAGUCAACAAUGCCAUCAAACAGAUUAAACAAAAAAGAUAUUGUGUCUUAAGAACAUUCUGGAUAAACAUUCGAAUCAUGUUUGAGUAAUUUUUUAUUACAUGUGCCUAUGGAGGCUUCGAGGUCCAAAACAAAGAAACAACAACAACAACAACCACCAACAUCGUCAGUACUGCUAUGAUAGCAAAGCCACAGGGAAAGGUGGGACGCACAUUGUGAACCAUUGAAGUCAUUCCAAGCCCAUGUGGAGCAGAUUGAUUCAAGGAAAAAAAAAGAAGUCAACAAAAAAAACGUAUGAAGUAUUACGAAGCCAAAUAGUUGUUUACAUUUUAUUCUUUGCUUUUGUCUUUUGGUUUGUCUUGUUGCAAAAACAGAAAGAUCAAUAGUGUGGUGUUUACGUCAUUUCCUUAUUUAUUCUCUCUAAAGUAUCUAAACAAUUCUGCAACAUUAUUCUUAAACUUUCUGCAAUGUUUUAGUUAAGUUACUACAUCACAUAUCUUAUAGGAAUACUGUGUCCGUCUGUUCACUAAAUGGUAGCUGGAUGUCUCAACAGAUCCAAAGGUUGCUACAAGCACUCAGCGGUCAAUUGUACAUUUGUCUGUAACAGAAAGAAAAGUGUUUUUUCUUUCCAAUGGUUUCUUUCAUUUUUAUAUAUUUUUUGUAUUAUUUGACAGAAUGAUAUGAUGCAAUGUCUUGUGUACAAGCGCAGUAUUAUUACUAUUUAUAAUAAAAAAUACAAUGACUAAAAUAGUUUUAAUUUCGUUGAAAGUUACACUGUCAUUUCAAGGUCAUUUUCAUCUCAAUGCAAUCUUUGUGUAUGAAAUGUUCGUCAUCAGUGUGCAGUAAAUAAAUGACAGUGACUCAUCGCAAUAUAAAAUACAAAAGAAUAGAGAGACAAGCAUGUACUUUUCAAAUAAACGAAUUUAAACCCCUAAGCCCUAUGUAAAAAUAGAACCAUAAAGAGAGGUUCCUGACAUGGAGUUGGACUUGAACACAACAGCCUUUCUUAUAAAUAGUACUCAAGACAUUCAAACAUCUGCACAACCUAUUAAAGCCCACUGGCCCUUGAUACUGUAACAAACACACUUCUGUUUCACAAAUUCUAAAUGAGAAUAACCCUCAGAGCGUUUGGACAAACAGAACACCCUCCUCCCCCUCACUCUGCAACCUCGCUGCCCCUUACCCCUCUCAGGCCUUGGUCAUACACACAGAGCCCCUCUGUCUGUGUGUGUGUGUGUGUGUGUGUGUAUGUAUGUGUGCCACCCUGAGGAUAUUAGCCCUAAUUAAAACACUCGUCUGAUUAAUCGAGUCUCCUCUCAGCCCUUGGAGGGACCACACGCUUUAUAAAUAAAGAUUAUGGCAACAGAAAUGCUGGCCCACAUUGGAUCAAUCAUACAGUUGCCAUUUUUAUUUACUAAUACAAAAUAAUUGGG